GUUGGCUGCAUCGAUCGGCGCAGUGCGACGGGCGGUUCCACAGUCCAAAUGGCGGCGUGCAACCACCGUGAUGGACAUAUCAACGACCCGAGUAUCUCACCUUCACAUGAGCCCAGAUGACCCCGAAGCCACGACCAAGAAGGACCGCGCGUCCAACGACAAGAUGCUCCAGGUCCUCACCUUGCCGAACGCCAUCACGAUGACCCGUAUCGCAUGCACGCCAUAUCUGGGCCACUUGAUCAUGCAGGGCGAGUACAAGUUUGCCGUCGGAGUACUGGCCGUGGCAUCCGUGUCCGACUGGUUGGACGGGUACUUGGCUCGAAAACUCGACCAACGGACGGUGGUGGGUACCUUUCUCGACCCCCUCGCGGACAAGUUCAUGGUCGGGACGUUGUGCGUGAGCCUCGGCUACGUGCAGCUGCUGCCCCUACCGCUGGUCGUGGUCAUCUUCGGACGCGACCUGCUCUUGAUCGGCGGCACUUUGCUGUACCGCCAUCGCACGCGGAAAUCCUCUUCGGACUUUUUCCAAACCAACAACGCGUUCGAAGUCGAGCCGACGUUGACGUCCAAAGUGAACACGGCGCUGCAGUUCACCACCCUCGGCGGCGCACUUCUCCAGGCGGCAUGCCCCAUCCCUGGCAGUGACGUGGCGCUCCAUUGUCUCUUUGCGGGCGUGACCAUGUCCACAUUUGCUUCUGGCUUUGGAUACCUCUCAGCGUGGCGGAAUCGCGAAGGCAUGUUCCGUCAUUUGCCCAAGUAGUGACGUGGCAACGCGGACGCCAACUGACCAAUAUGUUAGUCACUAGAUAACGAUAGGCAACUAAUACUAGUAUAACACACAAACACCUGCUAG